AGGCCCCUCUGUUCCUCAUCUGAUCAGCUGACUUGAAUGUGAUGCUGCUGGAAAGACCUCUAGGAUUAGGAUUUGAUUGGCAAUUAUGAAUAUUAAACCAUAGGAAUUGAUUACUGUUCGAAUAGUUUUGUCAUUAGAUCUCAGCACUCAUCUCUGUGCGUUUCAUUUUGAGCCUGUAGUCAUCAGUGUAUAGCUGUAACCAUGACAGAGUUCUGGUUGAUCUCAGCUCCUGGAGAGAAGACCUGCCAGCAGACAUGGGACCAGAUGAUGGUGGCCACCACGCGCAACAACAACCUGUCCACCAACAACAAGUUCAACAUCCCAGACCUCAAGGUGGGGACGCUAGAUGUGUUAGUUGGGCUGUCAGAUGACCUGGCCAAACUGGACUCCUUUAUUGAAGGUGUGGUGAAGAAGGUGUCUCAGUACAUGGCUGAUGUGUUAGAGGACAGCCGAGACAAAGUCCAGGAGAACCUGCUGGCCAACGGAGUGGAUUUGGUGACCUACAUCACACGGUUUCAGUGGGACAUGGCCAAGUACCCCAUCAAGCAGUCACUGAAGAACAUCUCUGAUAUCAUAUCCAAGCAAGUAAGCCAGAUUGACAACGACCUGAAGGCCAGAGCCUCUGCCUACAACAACCUGAAAGGGAACCUGCAGAAUCUGGAGAGGAAGAACGCGGGGAGCCUGCUGACCAGGAGUCUGGCUGACAUUGUCAAGAAGGAGGACUUUGUGAUUGACUCUGAGUAUCUGAUCACUAUGCUGGUGGUUGUACCAAAGACGAGUUAUGCUGACUGGCAGAAGACCUAUGAAACGUUGUCUGAAAUGGUGGUACCCCGAUCCACUAACCUGCUGUUUGAGGACCAUGACAGUGGUCUGUUCAGCGUCACCCUAUUCAGGAAGGCCAUUGAUGACUUCAGACACAAGGCCAGAGAGAACAAGUACACAGUCAGGGACUUCCAGUACAACGAGCAGGAGAUGAAUGCGGACAAAGAGGAGAUGACACGUCUCUCCACAGACAAGAAGAAGCAGUUUGGGCCACUGGUGCGAUGGCUGAAAGUGAACUUCAGUGAGGCCUUCAUCGCAUGGAUUCACAUCAAGGCUCUGAGGGUCUUUGUGGAGUCUGUCUUAAGAUAUGGGCUGCCUGUGAACUUCCAGGCCAUGCUGCUCCAGCCCAACAAGAAGAACAUGAAGAAACUGAGGGAGGUUCUCAAUGACCUAUACAAACACCUGGACAGCAGCGCUGCAGCUGUCAUCGAUUCUGCCAUGGAUAUCCCUGGUCUGAACCUGAGCCAGCAGGAGUACUACCCUUAUGUUUACUACAAGAUAGACUGCAACCUGCUGGACUUUAAAUAGAUUUUCACUAUACCUGACCCCUCUGUUCUGUCUUUAUGCUGAGUACCCACUAACUUGUGUUUUCCCGUAAAUCUUUCUCCCAGUCUUGCUAUUUUCUCCGUUCUCUGCCCUGCUAUCUCCUCUCUAAUCGUCCUCUCCUCAUGUCUGGGUGAUGCUGUUUAUCCUUGCUCUCCUCAUGUCUGGGUGAUGCUGUUUAUCCUUGCUCUCCUCAUGUCUGGGUGAUGCUGUUUAUCCUUGCUCUCCUCAUGUCUGGGUGAUACUGUUUAUCCUUGCUCUCCUCAGAUGUGCAUGCUCAUUCCUUGUGGUUUAAAGCACUUAGUGACCCCCUCCAUCUGUACAAACUGAGGACAAACAAUGGCUUGAUGUUUAUUUUGUUGGUUUUGUUUACAUAUUUUUUGUAAAACAGCAUAAUCAAAGUACACUGUAUUUAAAGGCCCAGUGCAGUCAAAACUGAUUUUUCUGUGUUUGAUUUUCCUGUGUUUUAUAUAUAUUUCCACACUGAGGUUGGAACAAUAUUGUGGAAUAAGGCCAUUUUAGCCUGUUUUGGUGUGACUGGUGACAAAUGAAUGAAUAAACCAAAAUGAAAGUGUUCCAAACCUCUCUGCCAAUAACAGCCAGUUUUCAGUUUUUCCAUCCCCAAUCCAAAACAGUCCUAGUCAUAUUCUUGCUUGAGAAAUUGCUCUUGCUAAAACGCUAUUCUUUUUGUAACUUUUUGAAAAUUUUAAUUGAAAAAAACUCGCUGUAUUUAAUUGGUACCCAGAAAGGAUUUGAUGUUGCAAUAAACCGGCUGCAUUGGGCCUUUGCGCUGAAACGAAUAAGAUCUCUAAAUAUUUAUUUCGGGUAGUUUAUGUAUUUUCAAUCAUUCCACGUCUGUGUUGUGCAUAUUGAUAGCUACAUCUUUGAGUGGCACUAUUCGUAGAUACUUGUGUAUGUUACCAAUGUGUUCAUUUACCUGCACGUCCAAGCAUAUCUGGUACAUGUUCAUGAGGUAUUGGUUCACCUUGGCAACAAAUAGUGUUCCAAUGAUGCUAUAUUUGUAUGUUAUCUCAUGUUGUGUAUAUUUGAUGUUAAAAGAGAUAUAUAUGUAUGUGUACGCAUUAUGUAUGCUAUGAAUAGAUAAAACGGUCAAUAUGAAGAAAA